UGUAUUUUAUACAGAAAAUUAAAAUGAAACUCUUAAAGAAAUGUUGCUUCUGCGUAGAUCUGCGUUGCGGUUCUUUUAUCAUCUAUGUCUUUGAGUUCAUGUUAUCAUUUUACGCCAUUUGCCUGGGUCAAUGGUCUUCUGGAAAUAAGUUCUUGAUAGUGAGUCGCUUGGGUGGCAUGAUAUAUCUGAUUGGCAAUGUGUUUCUGCUGAUGGGCAUAAUUUAUAAAUCGCCAAACUUUCUCUUGGUUUAUUUGAUAUCAAGUGGCAUACAUCUGGGGACCAGCCUUAUAUAUUUUAUUAUAUUGGCUGCAACAUGUAAUUUCUGCGUCUAUUUAGUUUCCUUCAUACUACUUACAAUGGGUAUGUAUGACUUACUUUUGGGUUGUGGUUUAUUCAUAUCGAGACAGAUGCAAAUGGGAACGUUCAAUAAAUUAUGACGGAGGAGCUAAACAUUAGCAUAUA